AUGCCCACUGCAAAAGCAACUAUAAACGGCACCCUGCUCGCCGAAACCACUACCUGGGAGGAAGUCGAAGGAAAUAUUUACUUCCCCCCAUCGACAAUUCAGGAGUCCUUUUUCGUCAAGUCGGAUCAUACGACAUACUGUGGGUGGAAGGGCGAUGCGAAGUACUUUUCUGUUGUUAUUGGAGAUGUGACGAUUCCAAAUGCGGCGUGGUAUUAUCCAGCACCCUUUUAUAAGGCGAAGCAUAUCAAGGAUUUUGUCGCUUUUUAUCCUAAUAAGAUUGACGUUAAGGUUGAAUGA